AUGGCGCACGAGUCACCGUACCGCAACGAUGCGCAGCUCCAGAAAGGCUGUAUCGUCGAAGUGCGCGGGAUCUUCGAGCCGAACUUCCCGCGCUCGUGGUUCAAGGCCGAGGUGGUCGCUCCUCCUAUUCCGUCCCAGCCCCGCGACCAGAAGCUCGGGAACACGCGAGUCGAGUAUCAGGAGAGCUUCAAGCAGUACAUCGCCUCGCUCGCCGACCCGGAGUUCGACGAGAUGACGUCGAGCAACGAGCUCGCCGACCUGCGAGUGGACGGCCCCUACCACUGCCACCACCACUUUAUGAUGCCGCGGGACCCCCACGUCCAGGGGCACGACAGCGAGGUCGUCAUUCAGUACAGCAAGCCCUUCGCGAACGAGCUCACGGACUCGUCCUUCCGCAACGCCCUCUCCGGCGUCAUCACCCCGCUCUCCGCCGUCCGCCCGGCGUACGACGACGACGGCGACGACAUCGACUUCGCGUCGCUGCAACUCCGGGACGCGAUCGACCUGUGGUACAACGGCGCGUGGUGGGAGGGCUACGUGUACGCCUUCGAGGACGAGGACGCGUCCUCCUGCACCAUCAUCUGCCCCGAGGGCCGCGAGCUGUACCAGGUCACUCUUGCCGAGCAGCGCGACGCCAACUGGACCACGUUCAAGCAGCUGCCGGAGAUCGACGUGUCCAGCGGGCAGCCGGUGAGGGGGCGGAGCAAGAAGGUCAAGAAGGUCGCGCGGAUGCCGUAUCGGAUCCGCGUGGGGAAGGAUUGGAGUUGGGAGCAGCGGGAGCUGCGCGCGCGGCCGCCGUGGGUGGGCGCGUUCACGCUGAUGGACGGGACGAAGGGCAAGGGCGUGGACAGCCGCGCGCGUGCGUCGAGGGACCUCUCCGCGCGCGGCGCUCCGAGGGUCGCGGGGCAGCGCCGGGCGAACCGCGACCUCUCGCUGGCGCCUGCGCCUUCGCGGCAGCCGGAGCGCGCCGCGAGCGCGGGCGUCCCCGGGGAGGGCGCCGUGCCGGAGAAGAAGAAGAAGUCCCCUCCCGCGGUGGUGCCCGCGCCGACCGGGAACGGCGAGCCGCCGUCCGGCGGCGAGCCGCCGAAGCUCACGUCGGAGCCUGCGGCGGCCGCGCGGGCCGGCGGCGGGCCGGGCGGCGCCAAGCGCAAGCGCGCCGCGCAGGCCGCGGCGGCGCCGCACGAGGAGAAGGCGCCGGUGGCCAGCGCGGCCGAGGUGACGGAGACCGCGGUGGUGAAGCGGGCGAAGACAGCGGCGGCGCGGGGCGAGGGUGGCGCGGGCGCUGCGAGCGGGAGCAGCGAGGAGGGGCGCGUGCGGAAGGCGGAGGAGCGGCGCGCGGUGCAGGCGCGCCGGGUCGCGGAGGAGCAGCGCGCUGCCAAAGAGCAGCAACAGCAACAGCAGCUGGACCCGGUGAGGCAGCGCGAGGCGCUCCUGGAGGAGCAGUGGGUGAAGUACACUGGCGAGAGGAAGGCGGUGGGGGCGGGAAAGGAGGCGAGGAAGGCGGAGAAGUCGGAGGUUGAGAAGAAGAGAGACGCCGAGAGGAUGAAGCAAAAGGAGAAGGAGAAGCGGGAGCAAAAAGAGAAGGAGGGACCCGACGGGACGUCGUUCGACGACCUCCUCAUGGCGCCGUCGGCGAAGCGGCCGGCGACGGCGAAGCCCCGCGGCGCGCGCAGGGCGGAGGAGGAGGCUAUGUUGCGGAAGAGGGAGGAGCAGCGGCGGGAGCACGCGCUGCGGCUCUCGCGGGCCAACGGGGCGGAGGGGGCGGCCGCGGCGGACCGGCUGCGCGACAGGGACCGCGACAGGGACCGCGGGGGCGGGCGGGGGCCUGCGGUGGCCGUGCGCGCGGCGGCGGUGCUGCGGCUGGACGAGGUGCGCGCGACGACGAUCUGCAUCGACAACGUCGGGUUCGACGUCGACAGCGAGGAGCUGAAGAGGGCGCUGCAAGUUUUUCUCGGCCCGGAGAGCGGCCUGCAGGAGGCGCACAGCAACUGCAUGCAAGUCGGCUCCGACUCGAUCCGCAGCGGGUGGGGCUACGCGCGCUUCAAGAGCCCGGAGGCCACCGCAGCUGCUUUGAAGCGCCUCAGCGCCGCCACGCUGGUCUUCGGCACCGACGACGGCAGCGACCCCGGCACGUUCCCGCGGCCCCUGCUGCCCCACGAGCCCCAGUGGCCCCCGGGGGACAGCGGCAAUGAGUCAGGCGACGUUGGGUACCUGCACAAGUCAUGGGAGGGGCCGGGGGGAGCGACGGGCCCGCGCGUCGAGACCGCGACGCACACGCCGCAGCCCGGGCUCGCGGAGUGGGAGGACGCCAAGAUGUGGUCGUGGCUGCACCUGCGCCACCAGACGGCGCGCGACAGCCUGCUCCAGGAUCACGUCGAGGAGAUGCAGGGGCUACUGAAGGAGGACGCCUUCGUCAGCGCUGCCGCUGAGCACGGCGCCGGCGGCGCGCCGCCGCUCCGCCCCGCCGACGCGGGCGCCGAGGCCCUGCGCAGCACGAUCUUCGUGAAGCACCUCGCGAGCGACGUCACGGAGGACGACCUGCGUGUCGGGUUCGAUCAGUUCCUUGACUUGGAGGAAGUGACGCUCGUGCGGGACCCGGUGACGCGGCGGCCGCGCGGGCGCGCGAUCCUGAGGUGCCGCAACGCGGACGCGGCGGCCGCCGCGGUGCCGGAGUUCAACAGCAUGCUGCUGCUGGUGAAGUAUACCCCGCGCGUGGUGACGGUGGUGCCGGCGACCGCGGGGCGGUGGCAGGCGGUGUGGCGCAACGGCGGGCGUGAGCCGGAGCAGGGCAUGUCGGUCAAGUCGCAGGCGGUCAUGGACGCGGCGUACCGCGCGCUCGGCGGCGCGGCGGCGCACGCGCCGCGGGGGGGGGGUGUUGCGAUCGUGGAAGACAAGACGCUGGGGGCGAAGGCGGCGGCGACGAUGCGGCGCGUGAGGGCGAUGCUGCAGCGGCAGUGGGAGGAGCGGCGCGAGCUGCAGGCGGUGCUGAGGGAGGAGCUGCGGAAGCUGCACAAGGAGCAACAGGAGAAGCUGGAGAAGAGCGUCAAGUACUUCAAGAUGGCUCUGAACGUCACGAACAGCAAGCUGUUGCAGACCACCCUCGGGGUUGACCCGGGUGGGGGCGCGGCCGUCGCGCACGACGUGGCCACGGGCGAGAACAUCCAGAGCAGGGUGUUGCGGGCGAACGUGCCCACGGAGCUGCGCGUGACGGAGCAGGAGGUGCGGAACCAGGUGAGGUUCGAGCAGGAGAUGGGCGCGCAGCAGUGA